UUUAGCCUUAAACAGUUUUGUUCUUAUCGAAGAUAGCCGUUGUUUAAAUAUGUGGCUGAGUAAGAAGUAAAAUAAAAAAAAAACUUUUUCCACGCGAUUUAAAUAUGUGUUAAACAAAGAGUAACAUUGUCUUGUUUAUUAGCAUGUCGCAGUCUUCAAUGCUUAGAGAUUAAUUCUAACAUGUACAGUCUUUAUUAUAUAUCUCCACCAAGGGACGUGUGUCUUAACUUAAAUACAAUUACAUUGUUAUUCACUGUUUCAUCUCUAAGUGCUCAGAGCCAGGGCAGAUAACGUUAGGCACUGUUGUUGAAUUUACGUUGCUGAAUUAUAUUCUGUAUUUUAAAAUUAAAUUACAAAUAUUUUCAUAAAUUGGAUAAGUCCUGCACACGCUAUGCUUUUUACGUUUAACGCUAAAAGUAUCAGUUUUGGUAUACAGUGUAUGAAACCGACAGUUUGAUUCAAAGUAACUGCAGGUCAGAAGAUUGACCACAAGGUGUUGUCCUAAUAUCACGAAUCUCCUGUUAAUCUCUAGCUCCAGAUAUUUUGGGUGGUAGUUGACAAAUAACAUAGACAUUUGUCAUUUUAACUGAAGGGAGAUGGCAGCUACACAGAAACUGUCCUGUUUUCGGUUACCUCCUCUGCCUACCAUAAAGGAGAUUAUCAAACUAUAUAAUCUGAGAGCAGAGAAACAGCUCUCUCAGAACUUCCUCCUAGACAUGAGACUCACAGAUAAGAUUGUCCGGCAGGCGGGAAACCUGAAGGAUGCGCAUGUGUGUGAGGUGGGACCUGGACCUGGGGGCCUCACCAGGUCUAUUCUGAAAGCUGGAGCAGCAGACUUACUAGUGGUGGAGAAGGACACACGCUUUAUUCCAGGAUUACAGCUCUUGUCUGAGGCUGCUCCUGGAAAAAUGAGGAUAGUACAUGGAGAUAUUCUCACAUACAGACUGGAAAAAGGGUUCCCAGCCCACAUUGCUAAGACAUGGGAAGAUGUACCCCCCAACCUGCACAUCAUUGGAAAUCUGCCCUUUAGUGUGUCGACUCCUCUCAUUAUAAAGUGGCUGGAACAGAUGUCGAACAGAACUGGGUGCUUUAUGUUUGGACGUACAAGGCUUACACUGACCUUCCAAAAAGAGGUGGCUGAAAGGUUAACAGCCAGCACAGGAAGCCGUCAACGCAGCCGUCUGUCUGUCAUGGCUCAGUAUCUCUGCACUGUCAAAAACUGUUUCACCAUCCCAGGAUGUGCCUUUGUUCCAAAACCUAGCGUGGAUGUGGGGGUGGUGCACUUCACUCCGCUGGCUCAGCCCCAGAUCCAGCAGCCCUUCAAGCUGGUCGAGAGGAUUGUCAAGAACACCUUCCAGUUCCGGAGGAAGCACUGCCGCAGAGGGCUUGAGAUGCUUUUCCCAGAGUCUCAGCGUCAAGAACUGACGGAAGAGUUGCUGCGCAGUGCUGAUGUGGAUCCCACACUGCGGCCCACAGAGAUCUCUAUUUCUGAAUUCAGGGCUUUAGCAGACGCCUACAGUAAGCUUUGCGAGGGGAACCAAGGCCUCAUCGACUAUGACUUCAGAGAAGAACUGAAACUCAGGCAUCAGGCAAAGAGACAGUUGGGAACUGUAAAGAACUGUAAAGGACAUAACCUUCACACCACAGUAGAGGAAAAUGUUAACGACAGCCACUAACACAGCAGACUCUUAAAGGUGACCGUUACAUCAGCUGGCAUGAAUUAGCUUUUUUUUUGUCUUUUAAAUGGAUGCUUGCAGUAUGUAGAAGACUAGCCAACAGUGAGGUAAAUGAAGCAUCAGCUGAAAAUAUUCUGCUAAAAAUAGACAAAGAAAUGCUUUUAGAAAAUGGAAGGAGAUAAAUUUAUGGGAGAUAUAGUUUAAGAACACUGUGAAUUAUCACAUAAAGCUGUUUUGUAGGAAGAAUAGAAAAAUUCCUUUAAUCAAUUCCAGUUCCUAGUCACCAUCUCUGUUUUGAACUGAGGUAUAGAGUGUUGCCCAGAUAACCUGUCACAUCAUAAAGCAGCUAUGGGAAUGCUUUAAUCAUCUUACAGCUAGAGGCUGACAACCAUCUCUCAGAGGGAAAAAACACUUGCCAUUGUUACCUAAAAAUAAUUUGACUUUGAUGA